AUGAUUUAUUGUCUGGAUGGAGUUAUUGGUAGUUUAUGUUGUUGGAAGGAAGUCAACGUUCAACAGCAAACUUCUGAAAUUUUAAAUGAUCUACAAGAGCUCAAGAGAAAUGACAAUUAUGUUAUUAACUUGGACCUUUCUUUGGUGAGGUCUUCUUUUUUGCAAAUGUUAGAAAGACAACGACAUGGGAAUACAAAAGAAUAUGACAUGCGGAAAUUUACACGCGGUCAAUAA